CUUAUUUUUUAUUAACACAUUAAAAAUAUUUAUAAUAUUAAUAAAAAUAUAAUCCUAAUAUUUCUCUACUUAAUAAAAUACGAAAGAAGGGAGAAAUUUACCGUCAUUGUUUGUCCAUGCCCAAAAAAAAAAAAGGAAUGGAAACCACUGAAGGAAGAUUACUAAGAAGGAUCUUCGGCAAAGCGCGUCUAUCUAUCUAUCUACCAUCAAGUUUAGGAAUAGCUCAUUUGGUUGGGACAAUGGCAUUUGUUAGCAAGGGAAUUGGACUAAUCAAGAUGGAUAAUGGAGUUGAAAGAGAAGAGGAACAAGGGGUGCAAUCUCACAAGAACUCAAGUGAAACGAUAUCGCCGGCAGAGGUUGAAAUUCAGGUAUGUAAUCCAUCAGAUGAAGAGCCUGCUGGCAAUAAUAACACAAUGCUAAAGGAGAAGAGUAACAGUAUAUUGGUCGGCAUGAUAAUUCUCCUUUUGAGGGAGUUGUAUCAACGAUGUCGUUACGAAGUCCUCAAAGAAGGCUUUAUCAACGGGACAAAUAACAAAAAGCAACAAGAGGGUGUUGAUCAUCAUCAGAAGCUGAUCUUUCGAUCCCACGUAUACCAGAAAGUGAUUGCUAUUCCUUCUGCACUCCGGCUUGCUCUGCUCACCUACUGCGCUAUUUUCCUCAGAGAUGUAGUCAAUCAAUCGGCUCCAUUCCAAGUCCAAUACAGAGGAAACUCACAACUCCUCCUAAGUUGCUCUGAAGCAUUUUUCAUGUUCUUUCCAGAGAUAGCACAGAUCACAAUCUUCAUCAAAUGCUGUGUUGUGCUCAUUAUUCUCGUUCUGCCCCUCCAUAUUGAGCUGCAGAUUUUCAUUGUCAUGUUCCUGGUGGUACCUGCAUCGCUCUCCUAUUUCCCUGAAAUGGGUCGUAGAGCUUCCGGGGUUCAUGUUAAGUGCGCCACAUUCAAGGCUUCGCUUAUAAGGUUCGUUAUCUCAGGGGCCCUUGUUUUAGCUCUGAUUCUUGGUUUGGUGAUAUUGGCGGCCCUUUAUAUAAGCUGGAGAAAGAUAUUUGAAAGAAGAGGACCGUGGAAGAAGAAGGAAGAGAACGUUAAACUCGGUGAUCUUUUAAAAGCUGUGGCUUAAUAAUUUACGUCAGGCUCAUUGGAUUCAGUAUAAAAGAUGAUACAGCAUUAUGUUCUGUUUCUUGCUACUUUGGAACUGUUGUGGAAUAAGUUUCUACCACACUAUAUUACGACUAAAUUGACAAAAAUACACGGGAAACUAUAGGACCGUCAUUCUAAUUAAGCCUUUCCAUUUUUCUUGUUCCCAAAACUAUAUCACUUAGUCUUAAAAUUCAGCACCUCAGAUAUUAAGUCUCCGGUGUACAUUUCUUGCUACUUGCAUCAAAUAAUUGAAAGUCGAGAUAUCACAUUUGAGAAAACUUAGCAACUUCGUAUCACAGCACACGGAUAUCUAUGCUUCUGUUCUUCAAAAGGGGCAAAUAUUUCUAUCUCCGAUCAACUGAAAUCCAGAGGAUAAAAUCAUACGCUCUAUGAUAUAUAUAUAAGAUAUUCCAAGCAUUAAAUAAUCAAGCACAAAGUUUGGUACACAAUCCAACUUAUAAGAAGUUACCAACAGCAAAACAUCAUAGUACUGCACCGAGGUCAAAGCAGUACAACUUCAAAUUACAAAGACAAGA